AUGCCGAUUUUACCUAAGGAGGAAACGGAGGGUGUCCGUACUCGAAGUCAACACCAGCAGGAGACGGAUCAAAGAAGAUUUGGUGGUGCAACGCCGCAGAUAUCAGAGGGCCAGCCGCCGGCUGCAGGCCCGUCAGUAGCUCCUACAUCUGCAGCACCUAAUUUAGGUGCUCUCAUGAUGAUACUGCAGGAACAGGCUCGCCGACAGGAGAAACAGGCCCGCCAGCAGGCGGAGCAGGCACGCCGAUUGGAAGAACAGCUGCGGUGCGGACAGGAGGAACAGGCCCGCCGACAAGAUGAACAUGCCCGUCGGUUGGAAGAGCAGAUGCUCCUCAUGAAGGACCUUCACGCUACCUUCGGGAAGGAGAUAAAGGAGGUGAAGGAUAGGGUUGCUCAGCAUGACAACCGCCUGUCGGAAGCUGAAACGCAAAUCGCGAUAGCUGAAACCCGAAUCCAACAAAUGAACAAUCGGGUUGACAACGUGAUGGCUGACGUGAAGAAAACGCUGGACGAUCUCAAACUGGGGGAUGGAAUUACAGCUCCCGUAGUAGCUACAAUACCUUCGCUACGUGGGUUCAAAGUGCCGCCGUUCGACGGGACUUCUUCUUGGUCAGCCUACAAAAUCCAGUUCGAGGCUGUUAUGAAGGCGAACGGCUGGAAUAAAAGUCAGGCCAUGACUGCUCUUACACUAGGCCUACGCGACCAGGCUUUAACAGUUCUGGAAGCUCUUGGUGAGGAAGUGACUUAUGAGCAACUCCUUGAGGCAUUGGAGGCGAGAUAUGGCGACGCUCACCUGGAAUACGUCUUUCGUGCGCAUAUUGAAGAUCGCGUGCAGUGCAUGAACGAAAACCUGCAGCAGUGGGCUCUAGAGGUGGAAAAGCUGUCAGAGCUGCUGUGA